AUGGCAGCAGCGCUCUUCACCACGCGUCGCCAGUUAGCCUCCAUCCUCUCACGCUCCAUCUCCUCCCGGCGAAACCGUAACGGCCUCCCCUUCCUCAACACCACCACUGCCGCCAACCAACUGCCUCGCCAACCCAACCCGAUCAUAACCCCUACACGGUUCAAGACAUCCGGUUCGGGUUAUUCCCCUUUGAACGACCCGUCUCCUAACUGGAGCAACCGGCCGCCGAAGGAAACAAUACUCCUCGAUGGCUGCGAUUACGAGCACUGGCUAAUUGUGAUGGAGUUCAGUUCGGACCCCAAGCCCACUGAAGAAGAGAUGAUUAAUGCUUAUGUCAAAACCCUAGCCUCCGUUGUUGGAAGUGAGGAGGAGGCAAAGAAGAAGAUUUAUUCUGUUUGUACAACAACAUACACUGGGUUUGGUGCUCUAAUCUCUGAAGAGCUCUCGUACAAAGUCAAAGGCCUACCUGGAGUUCUGUGGGUUUUGCCUGAUUCAUACCUUGAUGUACCUAAUAAAGACUAUGGAGGUGAUCUGUUUGUUGAUGGAAAAGUCAUCCAUAGGCCACAGUACAGGUUCAAUGAACAACAAAAUACAAGGAACAGGCCUCGUCCUCGAUACGAUAGGCGCCGAGAAACAAUGCAAGUAGAAAGGAGAGAGCCAUCACAGGCAGUGAAUCAGCAUAAACCUGCCUCCACAGGGGAGCAGAAUGCGUCUCAAGGUGUUGGGGGAGGCCAUCCUCUGAAUCGUGGAGGAUUUCAGGGCAACAAUGCAUAA